AUGAAAGUGGGAGGGAAGGCAGGAGGAAAAGCCAAAAAAAUAACAAAAAAACAAAAUGGCGGACAAAAAAAACGUGUAAACGGUGCCUGGAGUCUCCCGGCUGUCGUUUGCGAUUUUUAUAUUGCAAUGGACGUUACUUGCAGCACAUCAUCCAUAUUUAAUCUCGUUGCCAUUAGUAUAGACCGGUACAUAGCAGUUACUCAACCAAUAAAAUAUGCAAAACAUAAAAACACUCAAAGAGUUUGGUCUACGAUUGCAUUGGUUUGGGUCAUAUCGGCCGCCAUAGGAAGUCCGAUCGUGCUCGGACUCAACAACACUCCAGAUCGCCUUCCAGAUCUUUGCCUAUUUUACAACAGCGAUUUCAUAAUAUAUUCAUCUCUAUCAUCUUUUUACAUACCUUGUAUAAUUAUGGUUUUUUUAUAUUAUAAUAUAUUCAAGGCUUUGAGAAAUCGUGCCAGAAAAGCAAAAGCUAAUAAAAAACCAAACGCUCGUGAUAUACUACCAGGGUCGGUUAUAGAAAACGUCAUACAAACGAGGAGAUUAGCGGAAACGGCACUCGGUGAACCUUUGAGACACGGUAAAGGUAUACCGUUGGAAGACGAAAGGCCAACAAAUACCGGAAGCGGAAGUAACGAAGAUGAAGGAGCCGAAAGAUCUCCGGGUUCGGACGAGAUAAAAACUCUAACGUUGUGCGCGGAAGAUUGUGAAAUCAUAUCAAACGACAAAUCUACUGAAUUCAUACUUUCGACGGUUGUCGAAGAAGCUGCCGCUGUCGCGACAACGACAACGCCGCAAUCGAUGUUUCACGAUCCGAAUGGUAACAACGACAGCGGUUACGCCGCAUCGAAUCUCGAAGAUGCUCAAAUAGGUCAUUUUAUAUCGCCGCAUCACAGUCCGCCGAGGAGGGCCCACACGGAACCUCAGUUCAAAAAUAAAUUAAGUGGUAUAUCACCGAUAAAAGGUCAAAGAUCAACGGAUUCUCAAACGGCUCAGGAUAAGGAUCAAAAAUCUUCGAGCAUGGGCACGAGAUUCACGAUAUACAAAGUGAACAAAGCAUCAAAGAAAAAAAGGGAAAAAUCAACGGCGAAAAAAGAAAGGAAAGCGACAAAGACUCUAGCCAUUGUUUUAGGGGUUUUCCUCAUAUGUUGGGUUCCGUUUUUUACAUGCAACAUACUCGAUGCUCUCUGCACGAAACUAUCGCAGUCUUGCCAACCUGGAGUGGCCGCAUUCAUACUCACCACGUGGUUGGGAUACUUCAAUUCGUUCGUUAAUCCCGUCAUAUAUACGAUAUUCAAUCCGGAAUUUCGUAAAGCUUUUAAAAAAAUCAUGAGCAUUCAUAAUUGA